CAACAUUAGGAAACCUGGGAAUUAGGUGAUUCCUGAUAGAGUCGUGAGUUUAUGCAUAAAUGCACACCUUCAGGUAAGCCCAUAUUAAAAGAAAGCAGUUAUCCAGUGCCUCCUGGAUUUCAGUGGUCUUAUGACUGAAAUCACUCCUCCAUGUAUAACUACGAAGCUCAAAAAUGUCCAGAACCUAUAGAUAGUUUAAUAUCAAUGGCCACAAUGUUGGGGAUGCCGUAUGCCAAUCAACCUAUCGUCACAUUAACAAGCUUUAACAAUGAAAACAUAAAGUUUAUACUGGAAGAGACUGAUUUAAGUGUAGCCAAUGCUAUUCGGCGUGUUUGUAUUGCUGAAGUCCCUACUCUUGCAAUAGAUUGGGUACAGAUUGAAGACAAUAAUACAAUGCUAAAUGAUGAAUUCAUUGCUCAACGUGUUGGGUUAAUUCCACUGACAUGUGAUAAUGUAGUUGAUAAAAUGACUUAUUUCCGAGAAUGUCCUUGCCGCGAAUUCUGUGAACAAUGUUCCGUUGAACUUACAUUGGAUGUAUGUUGUACUACGGAUGCACCAAGACAUGUUACAGGAGCAGAUCUCAUCAGCAGUAACCGUGAUGUACAACCUGUACCAUCAAGAGAUGCUGAUGACUCGUCAUACGUCGGUCAGGAAUCCAUACUGAAUUGUUUUGGUAAAGAACAUGCAAAAUGGAAUCCAACUGCUGGUGUAGGGUUUGAAUACGACCCAGAUAAUGCCUUAAGACACACAUUUUUACAUAAACCCGAAGAAUGGCCACGUUCGGAAUAUUCAACUUUACCGGAAAAUGAACAUCAGGCACCCUAUGAUCCAACUGGAAAGUCACACAAUCUACUGAUGAGUAGUCUAAGGCUUUCGAUACCAUCCAUUGGAAUACUUGUUCAAACCUACUUCAACCUGUAUAGUCUAUGUAAGGAGCAUAAAUUAAGCCUAACAGUCAAGUCUUGGUUUCAUUAGGGAAUGAAUAACCUAUAAAAUCGAUACUACCUAUCGCUCAUUGGUGAAACAGAAGUUAGCUUCGUUUAUCUUUUCAUACGAUACUUAGUAGUAUGACUGGUUUUGAGUAGUUUGUUCCCAGAACACUAUUUACUAAGAACGUCCUUCUUGCAGGUUCCGUUUUUUAUUUUUGACUGCUAUCCUAACUUAUUAACUUCAACUGGACUUAGCUGUGUCGGAACAGUAAAGUCAUUUUUAAAGAUGAGACCUCAUGAUGUGUUUUGGCGACACCGGAACUUCAAAUUAGUCUAGUUGUGGCACCCAAAACACUUUCGUUAAUCAUACAACAACAUAUUCUAUGGUGUAACAGACGACCAUCUUUAACUUGAAUUAGGUUAACAGAAACGUAUAUUGAAAAUGUUUCGUUAUCAUAAAUUGCAAUUUAACAAUUAUCUUUACAUACGUUUGUACGGAACCAAGGCUAUCAAGUACGUCGUUCAUUAAAUAUUAGUAGGUCUGUGUUACGUUCCCCAGACAGAAAGUUAUGUGUGAGUUCAAAACACUCAAGUUUUUCUUAGGAGAUACAGUUGUGUCACUCAAGAAAGCCAUUAAGUAGAUGUAAAGUAAGGAGUAGGAGUCUUUUGUGAUUUUCAUCUCAAGCUGCUUAUGUUUACCAGUUGAAUUGCAGUCGUAUUCAAGAAGCAUGUGUAACGUGAAUGUCUACAGGUUAUUAAACGACCGGAUGAUCUUUAACUGAAAUAUAUGACCGGAUUUUCUUCUAUUCAUGACUUGAUGACAUGCUUUCUAAAAUGAAGUAUAUUCAAUGGCUGUCAUGUGGUUCAUAAAGUUACUGGUUAAAAGUAGUUCACGUUGGAUGUUUGAGUUCCGAGUACUUGUCAAAACCGAUUCAAAUUAUGUUCGAAAUAAUGGGGACACGUGUCAAUCACCAGUCACAUCAAUGUGCUAUGAUGAUAUAAUAGCAGUGGGUUGGAAAAGAUUAUGGGUGACCAGAUCACGAUUUAGUACUGGACUACAGUCGCACUGGCUUUUGACCCGAGUAAUGUUGGGAGAUGUGAAGUUCUUCGUCAGAGUACAGAAGCUUAAAAUGGCUUGACUUGAAAUGAGAUAUAUUUAUGCAAUUUUUGACUUCUUGUCAGGAUAAUACCAUUUUUCCGAUUUAAGGCACAAUACCUUGUAUUGAUACACACUUUCUCAGACUUAGAAACAUUUCUAUAUCCUCAAAAUUAUUGUUUUAAAAAUCGUUUAGUUACGAGUUAUCGAGCCCCAACAAACAAUAACAUCCACUGUUGCUUAUUUAUUUGGGUACUUAUAAUAAAUCACGUAUUCAUAACCACUCAAGCUGUAUUGUUAUAAUAUAUUAAAGAUUAACAAAGAAAUGUGUUUUCGAUUAGUUUAUAUCUCUAGGAAUUGUUUCCAUCACUUUAUGUCAUUAUUGUGCUUAAUAGCAUUUCAAUAAUCGUUUUGGGAGCCCAAAUUUCUACGUUCACGACGUUCGUCAUCAUAAAUGCGGCUGAAGACACCUGAACACCGAUUACCACGACUGCGCAAUGCUGACUAGUGUUGGAAACAGUUGGAAGAAAGUUAGGGGCGGCC